AGCUCUCUCCAUUUCUCUCUCUAGUUUUCUCUCUCUUCCCUCUUCUUUUCUUCAACUGAAAAGGAAAAAAUCAGAUCAACAUUUUCCUUGAUUUUCCCACAAGUUCUCGCUGGUUUUCUGGUCUCCGAUUUUCUCUCUCCGGCACUGCCCUCGAGUGCUCGACUUCGCCCAGCUCCCAACCAGCCAAAUCAGCAUCAUUUCUUUUCGAAAACCUAAAAAUAUCACAACAAAACCCACUUCCUUCAGUGUUUGUUCUUCUUCGCUUCGCUUCAAUCACUUGGGGUUCUUCACUGCACUGACUGUACUGGAUUGCCUGAACUGUGGAGAACUGUUUUGUGCAGUUGAGGAGGGAAGUGAAGGUGAAGGAAUUGGAGUUCAAGCGUGCGAUCAUGGUGGUUGAUUCGGGUUCUGGUGUGGAUUUGAGGUCGAAGAGCGUGAAAUUGAGUGCGGUGUUGGGGUUUAGGAGGGGUGUGGUGAUGUUGGAUGUGUUGAUGAAUGGAAAGAUUUGGUUUUGAGAAUGGGCGAUGCGAAAAUUGGUGUUUAGAUUAGGGUUUUCAUUCGUUUUUUAAUGUCGAGGACAGACAGGAUGGCUUCGGAUCUUAGCAGGACUGGCGCGGCCGAAAGGGACACAGAGCAGGCCCUUACUGCUCUUAAGAAAGGGGCAUAUUUACUCAAGUAUGGAAGAAGGGGCAAGCCCAAGUUUUGUCCCUUUCGAUUGUCCAAUGAUGAGUCUGUUUUGAUAUGGUUCUCAGGGAAAGAGGAAAAACUCCUAAAACUAAGUCAUGUGUCCAGGAUUAUAUCUGGGCAACGCACUCCGAUUUUUCAAAGGUAUCCACGGCCUGAGAAGGAGUACCAGUCAUUCUCUCUAAUAUACAAUGACAGGUCAUUGGAUUUGAUUUGCAAGGAUAAAGAUGAAGCUGAGGUAUGGUUUAGCGGUCUAAAAGCAUUAAUUUCACGUGGCGGCCAUCAUCGAAAAUGGAGAACAGAAUCAAGGAGUGAUGGAAUUCCAUCUGAAGCAAAUAGUCCUAGAACAUAUACUCGAAGAAGUUCUCCUCUGAAUUCUCCAUUUGGUAGUGCUGAUAGCUUGCAAAAGGAUGGUGGAGAUCACCUUCGCCUUCAUAGUCCAUAUGAAAGCCCCCCUAAGAGUGUCAUGGAGAAGGCAUUUUCAGAUGUAAUAUUAUAUGCUGUUCCUCCUAAGGGUUUCUUCCCUUCAGAUUCUGCCAGUGGUUCUGUUCAUUCAUUGUCAUCAGGAGGCUCAGACAGUGUACAUGGACACAUGAAGGCAAUGACAAUGGAUGCUUUUAGAGUAAGUUUAUCAAGUGCUGUUAGCUCAUCAAGCCAAGGUUCUGGUCAUGAUGAUGGUGAUGCCUUAGGGGAUGUUUUCAUUUGGGGAGAAGGCACAGGUGAUGGUGUUCUGGGUGGUGGAAGUCAUAGAGUUGGAAGCUGUUUUGGCAUGAAAAUGGAUUCUUUGUUGCCUAAAGCUUUAGAAUCUGCAGUAGUACUUGAUGUUCAAAACAUAGCUUGUGGUGGACGACAUGCAGCUUUAGUGACCAAGCAAGGAGAGAUCUUCUCCUGGGGAGAAGAGUCGGGCGGCAGGCUUGGCCAUGGUGUAGAUUCUGAUGUUUUGCAUCCAAAGCUUAUUGAUUCCCUCAGCAAUACCAACAUUGAGCUUGUAGCAUGUGGGGAGUACCAUACUUGUGCUGUAACCUUGUCUGGUGAUCUGUACACAUGGGGUGAUGGAACUUACAAUUUUGGUCUUCUCGGGCAUGGAAAUGAAGUGAGUCACUGGGUCCCAAAAAGAGUGAAUGGGCCAUUGGAGGGUAUACAUGUGUCAUCUAUCUCUUGUGGACCCUGGCACACAGCUGUUGUAACCUCAUCUGGUCAGUUGUUCACUUUUGGUGAUGGAACAUUUGGUGUUCUGGGCCAUGGAGAUACAAAAAGUGUUUCAAAACCCAGGGAAGUGGAGUCCCUCAAGGGCCACCGCACUGUGAUAUCAGCUUGUGGUGUUUGGCAUACUGCUGCAGUUGUAGAAAUCAUGGUUGGGAAUCCUAGUUCUAGCAACUGCUCAUCAGGAAAGUUGUUUACAUGGGGAGAUGGUGAUAAAGGUCGACUUGGCCAUGGUGACAAGGAGGCAAAACUUGUGCCUACCUGUGUUGCUGCUCUUGUUGAUCCCAACUUUUGUCGAGUUGCCUGUGGGCAUAGUCUGACAGUUGCUCUUACUACCUCAGGCCAUGUUUACACAAUGGGAAGUCCUGUUUAUGGGCAGCUAGGAAAUCCCCAAGCUGAUGGGAAACUCCCAACCCGUGUUGAAGGAAAACUUGCAAAGAGUUUUGUGGAGGAGAUAGCUUGUGGUGCUUAUCAUGUUGCAGUUUUAACUUCAAGAACUGAAGUUUACACUUGGGGCAAAGGAGCAAAUGGUCGAUUAGGACAUGGGGAUACGGAUGAUAGAAAUUCCCCCACAUUAGUAGAAGCUUUGAAAGACAAGCAAGUCAAAAGUAUUGCUUGUGGUACUAAUUUUACUGCAACUAUCUGCCUUCAUAAGUGGGUCUCUGGUGUGGAUCAAUCUAUGUGUUCUGGAUGCCGUCUGCCAUUUAAUUUCAAAAGAAAACGUCACAAUUGUUAUAAUUGUGGACUUGUAUUUUGUCAUUCAUGCAGCAGUAAGAAGUCUCUAAAGGCCUCCAUGGCACCAAAUCCCAAUAAGCCUUAUCGUGUCUGUGAUAAUUGCUUUAGUAAAUUAAGAAAGGCCAUUGAAACUGACGCUUCAUCUCAGUCCUCUGUGAGUAGAAGAGGAGUUACAAAUCAGGGGCUAAAUGAGCUAAUUGAUAAAGAUGAGAAGUUCGAUUCCAGAUCUCGUGUACAACUUGCUAGAUUUUCUUCAAUGGAAUCCUUAAAGCAGGCUGAAAGCCGAACGUCCAAGAGAAACAAGAAACUGGAAUUUAAUAGUAGUCGCGUCUCACCGAUUCCAAAUGGAGGUUCCCAAUGGGGAGGAGCACUUAAAUCUUUAAAUCCAGUGUUUGGAUCAUCCAAGAAGUUCUUCUCAGCUUCUGUUCCAGGAUCAAGAAUAGUUUCUCGAACAACCUCGCCAAUAUCAAGGCGGCCCAGCCCACCUCGUGCCGCAACUCCAACCCCAACUCUUGAGGGACUUACCUCACCUAAAAUUGUUGUGGAUGAUGCUAAGAGGACCAAUGAUAGCCUCAGCCAAGAGGUUAUCAAAUUAAGAGUACAGGUGGAAAAUCUUACUCGUAAAGCCCAACUUCAAGAAGUUGAGCUUGAAAGGACAACUAAACAGUUGAAGGAGGCAAUAGCAAUUGCUGGGGAAGAAACUGCAAGAUGCAAAGCAGCGAAGGAAGUGAUCAAAUCACUCACUGCACAAUUGAAGGACAUGGCUGAGAGGCUGCCUGUGGGGGCAGCUCGAAACACCAAGUCACCAUCCUUCACUUCCCUUGGCUCCAAUCCUGCUUCCAGUGACUUGUCCAGUCUGUCUAUUGACCGAAUUAACGGUCAAAUAACAAGCCAAGAACCAGACUUGAAUGGAUCAAAUGGUCAGUUGCUUUCUAAUGGAUCGAGCACCACCAACAAUCGUAGUUCAGGUCAUAACAGACUAGGACACUUGGAAGCAACAAUAAGAAACGGGAGCAGAACGAAAGAAUCUGAGCAUCGUAAUGAUAAUGAAUGGGUUGAGCAAGAUGAGCCUGGUGUCUAUAUUACACUUACCUCUUUACCUGGAGGUGUUAAGGAUCUUAAACGAGUUCGCUUCAGCCGGAAGCGGUUUAGUGAGAAACAAGCAGAACAAUGGUGGGCGGAGAACCGAGCAAGAGUAUAUGAACAGUACAACGUGCGAAUGAUUGACAAGUCAAGCGUUGGGGUUGGGAGUGAGGACUUAGCUCAUUGACAAGUGAAACAGUUAUAUCUGUAAAUGAAAUGUUCUUUUUGAGAAUGUAGCUUCAACCACGGAAAAAGGUCAUAUUAAUCAAUUAGAUUUGGCUUUCCAUCUAAGCAAGGGCUGAGGGAAGCAAAGGGGUUGGUAUAAGAGGGUGAUUUAGAGGCUUUGAUUGUGUUUUUUUCUUUUUUCAUUUUUCUUUUUCAUCUUAAAAAAAAAAAAGGAAAAUUUAAACUUGAGUUUACUUCUUUUUUUUGCCUAAAUGUGCCUUUGGUGUGGGGGGGCUUGAGGGUGAGAAAUGUAAAUUCUUCUUAGGUUGCUGGCUCAUAUGUUGAAAGCAGCUUCCAUGUAAAUGCAUAAUCGAUUGCAUCUUGAGAUUUUCUUUUUCUCUUGGCCUAAUAUAAAUCCAGUCAGGGUUGUUGAAAGCAGUUGUCUUGUAAAUUCUUUCUGAAUGCAUCUCCCUUUUUUA